AUGGCCAAGGUUGGUGAUAGACUUCCUUCGAUGGCGUUAUUUGAGGAUUCACUACAAAAUGAAAUUAACAUCCGAGAACUGACCUCGAACAAGAAGACUAUUAUUUUUGGUGUUCAUGGAGCUUUCACACCCGACUGCUCUAAGAUCCAUUUGCCCGGGUUUGUCGUCUCAGCAAACUAUUUGAAGAGCAUACUAAAUGUUCAUGAAAUAAUUUGCAUUUCAGUUAACGAUCCUUUUGUUAUGUCAGUUUGGGGUGAGGAACAUGGCGCCGGUGGAAGAAUUCGCAUGUUGGCAGAUCCUUCAGGUGAUUUCGUUCAAGUUUUGGAUCUUGCUAUGAACUUGCCAGCGUUGGGAGGUUUACGUUCAAAACGUUUCUCAAUGAUAGUAGGGGAUACAAAGGUCCUAAAAUUGAACGUUGAACCCGAUGGCACUGAACUUGGUUGCUCAUUGGCCCAAAAUAUUGUGAAGAGUGGCAUAAAUUAAAUAGUGUAUA